AUGCACUUAGGUAUCACCUAUCAGCAGUUAAAGGAUAAUCAUCUUCAUACAAGCCCUGUAAAUGAACAUAUAUAUUUUUUAGAAAAAACUCUAGAUAACAUUAAUAUAAAAGUGUUUAGACUUACCAACAUUGUUGUCAAAAAAAUUAUCGUUUCUGCGUGUGCAAAUUUCAAAGUACUUUUAACUUGUGAUCGUCCAGUUAAAUAUGAUUCUACUGAUUCUACAAAACUAGUGAAAAAUCGACAAGCCAAUUUGGUAUUAAGCUGA